AUGAAGUCUCUACAGUGUUUGGUUCUUGCAAAUAUAGUCUGCGCUUCGAGCGCCGCGUUUCUGCCUCGGUCGCUGCUAGCUUACUUCGGUCUAUCAGAGAGUAGCAUCCCGCGUUUUAUUCGCGAGAUCAAUCAUCCCUACAUCAAGUCUCGGCAGCGCGAUAUCGAAUCCCUUUCAGAUCCUACCGAGGCGUUAUGCAAUCCAGACUCACAGUUCCGGGCAUCCUUGCCAGACUUCCCGGACGACCUAUUCAAACGACUAUCAGUAGACAACAACAAAGUGUCCCAAGGCAGGCGUGGAUGGACUAACGCCAGAGAGGUACUAUCUGACAUCCUGAGCUGCAAAGCGGCUCUCGACGGCGUUGAGGAGUUUGAGGUCGACAUAUUCUUACACAGAGGAGAUGAUGAGUGGUUUGGCGAGGUGCCGACCCCACCUGAUGAUGUUCUGGACCUGUUUGUACGGCUCUUCGCCAAUGCUCCGCGCCUUUCGAAUCUCACAUGGGUCCAACCGUCAGCAGAUAGCGCCGCAGCCGCUACGUUUGAGAAAUAUUUCCUCGAGCAAAAUGUCGAGUUUCCAGCCUUGAAAGAGGCAAGUCUCGGGCCGAACAUGCAUUAUCUGCUGGCUGGGACACCACACUUGCGGAAACUUUCCUCCUACACGAAAAGUUACGUAUGGUCGACUUACUCGAUGAGAUCUCUGUCUCAACAAACAGACGGUCCGCAGAUGAGUUUCGUGAAAUCCACUUCGAAGCUAGAGCGUCUCGAAGAGUUUGGCCUUCAUGCAACGUGGACGCCAGAGUUGGUCGCUGAGCUACAACAAUCGGCGAGCCAACUCGUGAAGUUGGAUAUCGACGGAGAUGUGGACGGACGAUGGGCUAGAGAGAAUCUCGGGGCAAUGGCAAGGGAACUGAGCAAGUUCGAAAAUUUGAGAGAACUUCAACUCCCUCAUGUCAUUUACUUGGGAUUCGGCUCUGAUGAGUGGCCAGAUUGUGGCAAUGCAUACUUCGGCGCCUCUGGCAGGGUCUUAAGACGGCAGGAGGAGAUAAGUUAUAUUUCCAGCACCGAGAAGGCAGCUGGAAUCAUCGCUCCCCUGAUGCCAAACCUUGAGAAAUUGUGCAUAGGUGGUGAGUGCACGGAGAUCACGGCUGGCAAGGAACUGAAAUGGCCAUGGACAGGCCGGCUCCGAGAAUAUAUGCUGGAGGAAUGGCCGCGGUAUGACGGGGCAAGUGGCGAAUACGGAUAUGGAUACGAGGAAUCUGAGGACCCUCAAGGUCCAGUCCUGGAAAACUGGGAAGAGGACAGAAAGUGGUUUGGCGGGCCAGAUGGCCAUAGGGAGCUUUAA